AUGGAGAGUCUGAUCGACUCCAUCGUCGAGUUCAUAAGGGUGCGCCAGCUCAAUAUUGCGAUCGCAGCACUACUGAGCAUCGUAUACAUCGCGUACCAGUAUCGCAAAAUACUAUUCAAAGUGCACAGUGAUGAUGAAGACGAACCGAUAGUGUACCACACCGCUAGAGUGUCUAGGUCUCGGUCCAGGUCCUAUUCAAGAUCUAGAUCGAGACCGAGAUCAGCAAACAGUUAUCGAAGCUACAAGGUGGAUGACACAAAGAGCUCGCGUCGGGGCAGAAAAACUCAGAGACGAUGUCCCAACUGCAGAAAUGAUUAUGAUAUUAACUAA